AUGGGUUUAUUGUCUGAAAAUUAUGAAACACAAUCAUUGUUAAAAAAAGGAAAACUUAGGUGGAAUCAAAAAUUGUCAAAGUGUCCUUUCAUUGCUGUAUUAUUUGGUAUUUUGUUACUGGCUUUUAUUUAUAUUAUAUACCACGUUUUAAUUAGAAAUGGACCAGAAUCCAAAGAAACACCAAAGGCAGUUGAGCGCACUUUUAUUGUUGAUUACGAACGUAAUGAGUUCCUAAAAGACGGCCAAGUAUUUCGAUAUGUAUCCGGUUCGCUCCACUAUUUUAGAGUACCUAAACCUUAUUGGAAGGACAGAAUUAAGAAAAUGAAAGCAGCUGGUUUAAAUGCUGUAUCGACUUAUGUAGAAUGGAGUUCACAUGAACCCUAUCCAGGUGUAUAUAAUUUUGAGGAUGAUGCUGAUUUAGAGUAUUUCCUGAAAUUAGUUCAAGACGAAGGGAUGUAUUUGUUGCUCAGACCUGGACCAUAUAUAAGCGCUGAAAGAGAUUUUGGUGGAUUUCCAUUUUGGUUAUUGAACGUGGUGCCGAAAAAUGGUCUAAGAACUAAUGAUCCAAGUUAUAAAUAUUAUAUUGUUAAAUGGUUUGAUAUACUUAUGCCUAAAAUCGUUCCUUUUUUAUACGGAAAUGGUGGAAAUAUCAUUAUGGUUCAAGUAGAGAACGAAUAUGGAUUUUACUACGCGUGUGACCAUCAGUAUAUGAUAUGGUUACGAGAUUUGUAUAAAAGUUACAUUAAAUCUAAAGCUUUACUUUAUACAACCGAUAUGGCUGGAUAUUCUUACUUCAAAUGUGGUUCUGUAGCUGAAGUUUAUGCUACCGUGGAUUUUGGCCCUUGGGGUAACAUUGUUAAUGAAAGUUUGAAAUUCUUGAAAGAAUCUCAAAAUGGAGGACCGCUAGUAAACUCCGAGUAUUAUACUGGUUGGGCGUCCUAUUGGGGUAAACCAUUGGACAUAACAAGUUCUGAUACAUAUUUGUCUGCCAUGAAAGAUAUGUUACAGUUGAAUGCAUCCUUUAAUAUAUUUUUGUUCUAUGGAGGGACAAAUUUCGGGUUUACUGCUGGAGCCGUCAAAAAAAGUAAUCAAAAUUAUACACCAUCAGUAACUUCAUAUGAUUUCAAUGCUCUACUGAACGAAGCUGGAGAUCCGACCGAAAAGUACUUUAAAGUUAAGAAAUUGCUCGAAGAAACUAAUUUUGCAGUAUCAAACGAUAUAUCACCCGUUCCAGCACCUAAAGGUGAUUAUGGAAUAUUGAAAAUGCAGCAAUUGGUUAGUAUUUUCGAAAAAGUCACGCAACGGAUUAAACCGAUUGAAAGUGAUGUUCCACUUGGUUUCGAAAUCAUGGGUAUAAACUCAGGAUUUGUGAUGUACGAGACUACUUUGACAAACGUUCAAAAAUUUGUCAAAGCUCCAGUAAACCUUACUAUUGGUAAAAUCAGAGAUCAAGCAACCAUUUUCUUAGACCAGGUACAAGUGAAUAUAAUACCUCGAAAAUAUGAAAAUUUACCUGUGAGCUUAAAUAUAAACAGUACAGUUCAAAAGCUAAGCAUUCUAAUAGAAAACCAAGGAAGAAUUAACCUCGGAAAUGAUAUAGAAGACAGGAAGGGUAUUUUUGAACCUGUAACCUUGGGUAACCAUGUACUGGGUCCGUGGAAGAUGAUAGCAUACCCUCUGAACGAAACGUCUUGGCUUUCGACUAUCAAACCACACAAACACGCCGUAUUACCAGCAUUUUAUAAAACAACAUUUACAUUGCCAGAUAAUUUAUCAAAACCUUUAGAUACUUACUUGGAUCCUACUGGUUGGAAAAAGGGCGUUGCUUUUGUGAACGGGAUUAAUAUUGGUCGAUACUGGCCAUCGGUUGGACCACAAAUUACUCUAUACGUUCCAGCUUUAUUUCUAAUUCCUUAUCCUGGAGAAAACAGCAUCAUUAUGUUAGAGCUGGAAGGUGUACCUAAAAAUUUGUCAAUUUCGUUAGUCGACAAACCUAAUCUCAAUGGUAAAGUAAACCCAAUAUUCUAA